AUGAGCAAGGCCCUGGAUCGAAUCUCCAAGUCACCCUUCACAUGCAAGAUAGAAGGGGCUGAGCUUCCUCAGCGAUUCCAUCAACCUACUUUCAUAAUGUACAACGGCCGAAUGGACCCCAUAGAGCAUGUAAGUCAGUUUAACCAGAGGAUGACCAUCCACUCCAAAGAUGAGGCUUUGAUGUGCAAAAUGUUUCCGUCCAGCCUAGGACCGAUGGCAAUGAGAUGGUUUGAUGGCCUUAAGCCAAACUUCAUAGAUUCCUUCAAGCAGCUGACCCAGGCCUUUGGCUCUCACUUCAUCACGAGCAGCAGGGUUCUUCGGCCCUUGGAUUCCCUUCUGUCUUUGUCCAUGCAAGAAGGGGAGACCCUAAAGGCCUACUCGGAUAGGUAUUGGGAGAUGUACAAUGAGAUAGAGGGCAACUAUGAUGACAUUGCCAUCAGUACUUUCAAGAGCGGCCUCCUAACUAAGCAUAGUUUAAGAAAAUCCCUAACAGGGAAGCCUGUCACUAGCCUAUGCCAAUUCAUGGACCGAAUCGACAAAUAUAAAAGGGUUGAAGAGGACCAGCAGUUGGGUAAGGGUAAAGUGAAGGUUGUCCCUCAAGAGAGGAAGGACUUCAGGUCAGACCAAUUUAAUAACAACAACCGACCGAGGAGAGACUAUGUAGAGCAAUCCGGAUUUGCCAACGCGCAGGCAAUUCACGCUGUGUUUCGAGAUCCGAUACAUCAGGUUAUGAAGAAAAUCAAGAAUGAGUCAUUCUUCAAAUGGUCAAAUAAGAUGGCAGGAGACCCCAUGAAGCGCAACCAAAACCUGUAUUGCCAAUACCACCAAGAACCAAGGCAUACAACCGAGGACUGUAGAAACUUGAAGAACCACUUAGACCAAACUGGUCUGAGAGGGAAAAUUAAGUCUCCUCCUACAUCACUCCAGUGGUCGACAAAGACAGGCGAAUAUUGA